UGCAUGGCAUAUACACAGACGUCAAUAUAAUUUUACUUAGAAUGGAAGCUCCAAGAAAAUACCAAACGCAACACAUAUUACGUUGUAAACGGGGGAGUAAAACGGAACAGCGAAGUGCGUUCCUCUAGGUCACAACGCGAAAGCUGUACGAAGCUUUCAAACGCUGAGGAAGUGGCAGGGCUUGUGAUAGAGAUCUGUUGUAAAAUCACCUAUUGCUCGGCUUCUAGUUGUUUAUUCCACCUGUAGUUCACGUUCUGAAGCUCUGAGCAGAAGCAGAAUGUCUACUGAUCGCAGUUCAUCCUCAUCAUCCUCCACACCCACGGCAAACGGCAACAGCAACUCCCGCAAGAGGAGUCGUCCCAGAGAGGCAGGGGAGGAAGAGGAGGACCUUGGAUUACCUGCGACUCCCUCCCCCUCCUCUUCCCGCCCUGUACCAUCACCGUCGGUCUCAAAGCCUUCCUCCAUCAAGUCAACCAAAGCCAUGUCUACCAGUCUAAAAAGAAUACAAAAAGAACUAGCAGAGAUCACCCUAGACCCUCCCCCAAACUGCAGGUCACGUUCCGCACGCGCAUCUACCACUGUAACAUCAACAGCCAGGGGGCCAUCUGCCUGGACAUUCUCAAGGACAACUGGAGCCCCGCGCUCACAAUUUCUAAG